AUGGGUAAAGGGCGCGGGACAGGAUAUAUAUGGCCAGUCGGUUGGACAGUGGGCUGGUUUAGCAUAUGGUUAUGGGCUGGUUUGGCAUAUGGUUAUGGACUGGUUGAACUGGGGCUGGUAUGGACUGGUAUAAGGAUAGGCAGUCAGUGUAUGGACUGGUAUGAGGAUGGGCAGUCGGUGGAAGACUGUUUGUUGCCUGGGCCGUCGGUGUAUGGAUUUUGGGGCUGUCGGUGUGGCUUGGUAUGGGCAGUAGGUGGACCGGUUUUGUCGCUGGUUUGGUCGGUUUCGCUGGGCAGCUGA